AUGUCCUUUCAUACUAAACUUCUUCUCUUGUUCGCUCCCUCGGUCUUGGGACUGGUCCAACCGAAUGGCGUUGGCAGACUCCCUGCCCUCGGCUGGAACUCGUGGAAUGCAUUUAACUGCGAUAUUGACGAGGACAAGUUUCUGACGGCGGCACAGAAAUUGAAAGACUUGGGUCUUGCUGACGCAGGCUACGAAUAUGUCAACAUUGAUGAUUGCUGGUCCAACAAGGACGGCCGAGACAGCACCACCGGUCGCCUUCUGCCUAACACCACUAGAUUUCCUGAUGGAAUCAAUGGAACUGCAGCUCAAGUUCAUGCGAUGGGCUUGAAAAUUGGCAUCUAUAGUAGUGCCGGAACUUAUGCCUGUGCAGGUUAUCCAGCCAGUAUUGGAAAUGAGACCAUUGAUGCCCAGACGUGGGCAGAGUGGGGGAUUGACUACCUCAAAUAUGACAAUUGCAAUAUCCCAUCUAAUUGGUCGGAUACCUGUAAUGCUUGCCAUCCCGACUAUAUCGAUUCACAAUAUCUGACUGCAAACGGCACCUGUUUACCGAAUACCCCUAACCUUUGCCCAUCCGGUUAUGACUAUUCGCAAUCCAACACGGCUGAACGAUAUCGAAUUAUGGGUGAGGCACUACAAGCUCAGAAUCGGACUAUUCUCUACAGUCUUUGUGAAUGGGGUACAGCUGGGGUCGAGACUUGGGGCAACAACACUGCUGCUUCAUGGCGAAUGUCAAAUGACAUCAACACGUCAUGGGCGAGAAUCUUGAACAUACUGAAUCAGAAUGUAUUUAACCUCGACUAUGUGAACUUCUGGGGUCACCCAGAUCCUGACAUGCUUGAAGUGGGUAAUGGACUCACUUUACAGCAAUCAAGAACGCAUUUCGCCCUGUGGGCCGCCAUGAAGUCGCCUUUGCUGAUUGGAACCGACCUCGACAACCUUGACAACGACACCCUUUCAAUUCUGAAAAAUCCGUAUCUGCUUGCCUUCAACCAGGAUGACACGAUUGGUGAACCUGCAAAGCCGUACUCCUGGGGCACGAAUCCCGAUUGGACAUUCAAUGACACCUUCCCGGCUGAGUUCUGGUCAGGAAAUAGCUCAAAUGGCACACUCGUCCUUCUGUUCAAUCCCUACCCUAAUACGCUCGUGAAGGAGGCGGUCUGGGCCGAUAUUCCAGGGCUUAUGGCAAAUGGUACGUACAAGGUAGUUGAGGUGUGGAAUGACGUGGAUCUGGGAUGCCAAAGUGGAGGCAUUGGCUUGGAAGUGAAUGCAAAUGACACCGCAGUGUUCCUUAUCCAGGACUGUCCCUCCGCCACCUCUAAUCUAAUCUAG